AUGAAAGAACGUAGACCUCUGCUCCGUGCGGCCAUCGUGACCAAGGCAGACUCCUCCGAGUGGAUCGUUCAACUCGGUCUGAGCUCUCUGGUAGAGAAUCAGUACCUCGGAGCUAAGCAGCUUCCUGUGCCCUCGCCCAGCGACGACACCAUCCUCUACAUCCCCGGCCCCAAGCUCAUCGAACGUAUACGUCAGGCAGAAUCCUCUCUCUCCAACCACGAGAAGGCCCUUCUCAUCAUCCAGCGUCGGACCGAAUGGUUUCGUCGUGAGAGGGAUCGCGUCGUGUUGGCCAGGUGGGAGGCGAGCCAGAACGGGAGCUCGACCACCCCGCACAUAGACGAAGCUUCCAACCGCAACGAUAAGCCCUCGGCUGCUCCACCGUACGUCGACCAACACCUUCUUGAGAAGCGAUAUGCUACGCCCGCUAAAGAGGAUGGUGUGAUGGUGCUGCGCGCGUACAGGAUGAAGCGGGCGAGAACGGAGGUGGAUGCGGUGCAUAGGAAGGAGCUGGCGGCUCUGCAGCAGCAGAAGAUCCGCGCCCUCCACGCCUACAACGAAGCCAAGGACCGAGCCCACCAGGCGCUGGGCGCUCUGGCCGAGGGCGCCAACUGCACCGUCAAGGAUCUCUAUCGCGAGUUCGGCAUCAACGAACGAGACCCCACCCUCUUCCUAUGA